AAGGGCGGAGAGAGAGGGAUGGUUAGAGGAGGAAGGGGUGGUUUGUGGUGGUAAAUACCCGGCUGUAACAACACACAUAACCGAUCGGAAAGGCCAAAAUUUGGCGUGUGGAUUACAGUCAGAGGAGCAGACGAUCAUGCUGUCGAUUAAGCCUGAUGUCUAGUUGUAUUUCCAGCAUUUGAUUCGGACAGACUUUAGCUCGUGUCAUCAUGCUGUAGAUCAGUGUGUGGCUAUAUUUGUCUGGAUUAGGGCUGUUUAACACCUUUAAACUCUCGGAAUUAGCGCUUUCACGUCGGAUCAUCGAUAGAUUAGCGUUGUUCUCGUCUCAGGCUUUUAAGGACAGGCUUUUGUGUGUGUUUUACAGGAGCUCGCGAGCUAACAACAAAAGCGCUAGCUUAGCCGGCUAGUCAAUCAAAACACCGGUGCCUUUAGAUGUUUUAUUUUGAAACCAAUCAGUGAUGGACAUCGGAAAGGAUUUAGCUGUUUUACUAAUUAGUUAAAUGUGCAUCGGGACUCAGAGGUUCAUUAAAUGAAUCGCUGAGUUUGAUAAUUGUAGGUUAGAUUAGCAGUGUAGGUUGACAUUAGCAUUAGCCUGUUAGCAUUAGCGAGUCCUUUGUUGAGAACACUAUCAAUCGCUUUGAUUUUUAUUGAGGAAAAUUUGUUUUUUUUAAUUCAGUCUUAUUGAUUUUUAUUGUUUAUAUCGUACUAUCGUUUAUCUAAGACGUUCGUUUGACUGUUACAUCAGUGUUUUAUUAAGAUAGGGGUAGGAAACUAAAGGAAAUGUUGAACAACUAGUGUCUCUGGUAAUAUUCGCCUAUAGAACAAACACGGAUAUUGUGUACAAAUAACGAUACUUAAGCUACAGAGUAGCACAUUUUAACGCUUAAAGCUAUUAUGGACUACACUUUGAGCUUAAACAAGAUCUGUUUGCUAUGGACACAUCUACUUUUCAUGGGAAACACCGUUUCAUCGCAGCACAGCGAGAACGUUUAUGUAUCAGGCAUGUCAAACGCCUGUGGCGAUGUAGCGGAGCAGAUAAGGGCGUCCAGUGGAGUGAUAACCAGCCCUGGCUGGCCCUUUGAAUACCCUUCUCGCAUCAACUGCAGCUGGAACAUCAGGGCCAACCCUGGAGAGAUCAUCACCAUCAGUUUUCAGGACUUUGAAAUUCAGAGCUCACACCGAUGUGGUUUGGACUGGAUCUCCAUUGGAACCUACAAGAACCUGGAUGGGUACCGGGCCUGUGGCUCGUCUAUUCCGGCCCCAUACAUCUCCUCUCAGGAUCACGUGUGGAUCAAGUUCCACUCUGAUGACAGCAUGACUGGAAAAGGCUUCAGGCUGUCUUACAUAACAGGGAAAUCGGAAGAAGCCAGCUGCAAGCCUGAGCAGUUCCACUGCGCUAAUGGAAAGUGUAUCCCAGAGUCAUGGGAGUGCAACACCAUGGAUGAAUGUGGCGAUAACUCAGACGAGGAGCUGUGUGUACAGCCUAAUCCGUCCGCGUUCUUCUCCUUCCAGCCUUGCGGCUUCAACCAGUUCCCUUGUCUCUCACGCUACACCCGCGUUUACACCUGUUUGCCGGAGUCGCUCAAAUGCGACGGCAGCAUUGACUGUCAGGACUUGGGGGACGAAAUCGACUGUGACGUGCCCACCUGUGGCGAAUGGCUGCGCAAUUUCUACGGUACUUUCAGCUCGCCCAACUAUCCUGACUUCUAUCCGCCUGGCAGUAACUGCACCUGGCUGAUCGACACCGGUGACCACCGUAAGGUUAUCCUGCGCUUUAUGGACUUCAAGCUGGACGGCACAGGCUAUGGCGAUUAUGUUAAAGUCUACGAUGGACUAGAGGAGAACCCCAGGCGUCUGUUGCGUGUGUUGACUGCGUUCGACUCUCGAGCCCCUGUAGCGGUGGUGUCCUCUUCAGGACAGCUUCGGAUACACUUUUAUGCUGACAAAAUCAAUGCGGCUCGAGGCUUUAACGUUACGUAUCAAGUAGACGGUUUCUGCCUGCCGUGGGAAAUCCCGUGUGGAGGGAACUGGGGAUGCUACAAUGAACAACAGCGCUGUGACGGCUACUGGCACUGUCCCAAUGGCAGGGACGAGCUCAACUGCAGCAACUGCCAGGAAGACGAGUUCCCAUGCUCACGAAACGGUGCUUGCUACCCACGCUCUGACCGGUGCAACUACCAGAACCGCUGCCCGAACGGCUCUGAUGAGAAGAACUGCUUUUUCUGCCAACCUGGAAACUUCCACUGCAAGAACAACCGCUGUGUUUUUGAAAGCUGGGUGUGUGACGCUCAAGACGACUGCGGGGACGGAAGCGAUGAGGAGAGCUGCCCGGUAAUCGUACCCACACGUGUCAUCACUGCCGCUGUAAUUGGGAGUCUGAUCUGCGGCCUGCUGCUGGUCAUUGCUUUGGGCUGCACAUGCAAACUCUACUCACUCAGAAUGUUUGAGCGCAGGUCAUUUGAGACUCAGCUCUCUAGAGUGGAAGCCGAGUUACUGAGGAGAGAAGCUCCUCCAUCGUAUGGGCAGCUGAUUGCUCAAGGACUGAUUCCCCCAGUGGAAGAUUUUCCUGUCUGCUCUGGAAACCAGGCAUCUGUUUUAGAAAACCUAAGACUGGCAGUUCGCUCUCAGCUGGGAUUCACCUCAAUCCGACUCCCCACCACAGGGCGCCACGGCAACAUCUGGAGACGCCUGUUCAAUUUCACACGUUCACGGCGCUCUGGUUCUCUCGCACUGGUGUCUGCGGACACAGAAGAGGGUCCUGAUGGCAACGCCUCCGCUCGUGAGCCGGAGAGGCUUGGCUCUCACCGUGGACUCUUGCCCUUGGACUCUGAUGAUACGGACACUGAGAGUGAGCAGCAUCCCCGCAGGGAUGUCCCAGGAGCUGUUGGAGGCCUGAUGGCCCCACUGCCGCAGAAAACUCCCCCUACAACAGCCGUGGAGGCCAUCGUCUCGGUAUCUGCCAGCUCAGCUCCACUCGUCAGCCGGGAGAGCAGCAUCUCUGAGAGCAUCUCAGAAAGUUCUGGAGUAACUGGAUCUUCAUGUACUACGACUGCUACCACUACUUUCUCAAGAAGCCUCUUCAGCAGCGCUCUAAGCCGGGUCACCCGCAGCCUGCGCUGGAUUCGUUUCUCUCUAGGGCGCUCUGUAGACGGAGGGUCAAGUGGCAUUGGGCAGAAUCACAGCCCUCUGCGGCAACUGGAGCAAGGAAGUGCGGGUUGCACUGGGGUCGGUAUUAGAGGCGAGGAUGAGGACGACGUGGAGCUCCUCAUUCCCGUCUCGGACGCCGGCUCCCUGGACAGUGAUGAGAGCUCCAGGCCCCUGCUGGAACAAGGCCUGGAGCAGGCCUUCGGGCCCCACCUGACCCCCGCUGCGGUCUCUCUCAGAGGCCGGCUGGUGGGUAGGGAUGGCCCCUGUGAACACUGUGGAAUUGUCCAUACGGCACGAAUCCCGGACGUUUGUGUGGAGGCGACGGCGAAAACAGAAACUAGUGAUGAUGAGUCACUGCUGCUCUGUUAAGACUCAGAUGAACUCCCUGACUCAGUACAUGACCCAUAUGACUCUAAAAUGCCCCUGCUCACAGCUUGCCAUUUCUGUUAUCGCCCCCUAGUGGAGCGGAUGUUUGAAUGUCUUCAGACAAAACGAAGAGCUUCAGAAAUCAGGUACUUUUAAAGAGCGGUCUGUAAAGAUCAUACAGAGUACGAGAGCUCCCCAAUCCCACUGUCACUUCCACUGUGCAAUAUUAGUGUUCGUUGAGAUGUUUACCAGGUCAAAGUCUAUUUUUCUGAAGAGUCAAGUUAAGCUCACGUAGAGUCGAGAGUGAGCCGCUCUGCAGUUCUCAGUAUGGGAAAGCAGCACAAACAGACGCGUUUAUCCUGGACAGUGUGGGACAAAAAAAGACUGAACACAUACAAGCGCUCUGAGAGAUUUGUUACCUAACCUUUAAUUUAUUUGUACUUUUGAUGUCAGACUUUUGUUUUAUUAAAGGAAUGGUUGACCCAAAAAUGAAACGUCUACUCGCCCUAAUGUUGUUCCAGACAUGGUUUAUUUUGUACAAUUAUUGUGAAAGGUGUAAUAGCAGCUCUUUUCUACGUUGUGUUAGAUUUGACAUGAGAUGUUUUUGACGAUUAACUAUAGUCAUGAAGAAGUCAUAUGGGCUUAUUUGAGGGUUCUCUUUUAUUAAUUGUUUUGUUCUACCCAUGUAGUUUCACUGUGUGGAAAAGAGCAGCUUGGACAUUCUGCAAAGUAGCUCAAAGUUUGUUUAGGGGUUAAAAAAAUACUCCUAAAUCAAAGUAAUUUUAUAUUUCUUAUGAUAAAGUCAUACAGGUUUGGAACAGCUGAGUAAAUGACAGAAUUUCCAUUUUGGGUAAAAUUAUUCUGCUUGCAAAAAGUGGGAGAUCAAAGAAAAUUUGGUACGUUUGGUAAUUUCAGUGUGAGUUUGUGUCCCUGCUGCAGUGGUACUUGGUGCAUUACCUGCGAUUAUGAGCGAGGGACAUUUAUUUAUAACAGAUUAUAAUCUGAGAGGGAGCUACUAUUUUUAAACGAUAUUGCAUUGUAUAACAGCCACUUUUGUUUGUUGUAUUUAUUUUUUUGUUACCGUUAACCUUUUGGUAACCUUACUGUUUUGGUACUGCGAAUUCUUGUGUGUGUGUGUGUGUGUGUGUGUGUGUAUAUUUAUUAUUGGUUUUCAUUUCGAUAGCGUUUACUUGGAAAAGCAUGUCCAGCUGUCUUGUGCUAAUUUUUUUCCAUUUCAUGAUGCUGUUUAUAUAUAUAUAUAUAUAUAUAUAUAAGAAAAAUGUUUACUGCACUAAGAGAAUAAAAGUGUUCAUCCCGCUUGUAUUGGACGUUUUUUUUGUCUUAAAGUGAGCAAGAGUGGUCAUUGGAUUUUAGUUUGUGGGAAAAAAGCAGUACUCUAAAAGUCAUUUGUGGACUGCAGAAAAGAAACCACAGCAGUGUCUCCUGAUGGCCCCUAGGCACAUUGAAACAAGUACAGAAAAAACCGUUGAGCUACACCGAGAAGGAAAGAACAUG